CUCCCCCACUCCUGUUACUUGGGAACCCUGGAGACUGAGCGUCCCUGGAAACCAACUGUUCUCUGCCUCUGGAGAAGCAGGUUGGUAGAUAUUCUAGAUAUUCGCUGCUCAAGGGAUUCCUGGAAAACGGACUCAUUAGUCUUAAGAUCCUAACAGAUGGGAACUCAGUGCAGACCGAGGUGCUCCUGCUGAGAGCAGCAUCCUUUUAAAGAGGAUCCUGUGCUUGUCUGGAGGAUCAGAAGACCCAGCCAUCCCAGGAGGCCGGCCGGCCCUCCCGCAGGAAGCAGAGGCUCACUUCAGGAAGCCACUGUGAUCCGCGAGUUCUUCCAGCAUGUGUAAUCAAGGGGACGACUGCUAUUUCUUUUUCUAUUCCACAUGUACCAAAGGGGACGCGUGCCCCUUCCGCCACUGCGAAGCUGCGCUGGGGAAUGAAACGGUUUGCACGCUGUGGCAAGAAGGGCGCUGCUGGCGACCGCUGUGCAGGUAUCGGCACAUGGCCGUGGACAAGAACCGCAGCGAAAUUCCGUGUUACUGGGAAAAUCAGCCCAGCGGGUGUCAAAAGCUAAACUGUGCUUUCCACCACGACAGAGGUUGCUAUGUCGACGGCCUGUUCCUACCUCCCAGCAAAACUGCAGUGUCCUCCGUGCUGCAGUCCCCGCAGGAGGCCAAGGCCAGCCUGCUCCCGGUUCAGGGGAGCAAACUUGGGGUCCAGGCUGGAAGCUCCCCCACACUGUGGAGCACGCCCGGGAUGACAGGGGAGAGUUACCAAAGGGCUCCUUGCUCCAGGCACCCACAGAUUUUGAUGAGUACCACACAAGCUGAUGAAGAUGAAGAUGACGAGUCCUCUGAGAAUUGCAAUGGAACCAUAACACCUCCUCCGUUGUCCACGCCUGAAGUCCCUAAUGGGUCACAGGUGGCUUCUGCACAGAGACCUGGUGUCAACUUAAAGCAAGAAGUUUCUUCAGGAACUUCCAGUCUUCAGCUCCAACCUCAGCUCCUUCCAGGGCCUGAAAAAGGGCAUGUGCGCACUGUGGUGAGGACAGUCACUCUGUCAAGCAAAGGAGAAGACCCCUUGGUUCCACUGAGUCUUUCUGAGAGACUAGGGAAAAGAAAACUUUCAGCCGGUGGUGACAGUGAUCCCGCACCACAGUGGAGCCUGGCAGAGCUGCCAGGAAAGAAAGUUGAAGCUCCAGAAACAAAUAUUGACCAAGCACCAAAGAAAGCACGGGUUUCCAAGUCUGUGAAGGAGCGACUGGGCAUAUUAACUAGGCCAACCAGUGAUGAAGCAACCAUGAGAGGCGAUAAAGUCAGUGAGAUCCAUGUGAAGACGUUAGAAGAAAUUCUUCUUGAAAGAGCCAGUCACAAACACGGAGGGUUGCUAACUCAGCUCAAGACAGCCGGUCCUUCCAAAGCUGAUGAUUUCACAUCAAGAACGGGCAGCUCCUCCACCGUCCGAAUCAAACCCUUCUCUGAGAUCCUGGCUGCAAAGCAGCAGCAGCAGCAGCCAUCAAAAAGACAGCAAAGCAAAAGGGAUGCGAGAUGCAUCAAGGUAAAGAUCAGUAAUGACAGUAAGAAAAUAGUCCUUUUGCCACCCAUCGCUGUUGACAAAGGACACUCAGGGGAGCCUGCAGAUAUAAGAAAGUCGCUGCAGGACGUGCACGUUAAGACCCUGGCAGAGAUCAAGCUGGAAAAGGCCCUGAGGGUACAGCAGAGCUCGGAGAGGGGCAGCAGCUCCCGGCCCCAGCCUGAGGCCACCCCAGGAACAAGGCAGCUGUUCCAGGUCCCCGGAAGCCCAAGCACGAAAGGAGAGAAGAACCUUCAUGAAGACAGUGAAACUGCUUCUCAAAGCAGAGUUACUACAACACCAGCUAAGGAACAGCAGCCUUUAGAUGAGGCUGUAGGAGUGGAUACCACACUUCCAGUCCGGAGGUGUGAGACCCUGAGAGAGGAGCAUAUGCAGACACAGCAGAAGGGGGUCGCACCGCACGAGAAGUCAGCGUUGGCACCCUUUCAGGGAGACGCAGCCUCUUGCAGUGCCCACGUGGAGAGGACUGUGCUCACCGCUGUGGCAGGUGUCACAUGUCACCCUACCGAGCUGCUUCUCACAAAGCCAUGCCAAAAGAUGGAGGUAGAAACCUCAGCGAUUGGGGACUCAAAAUUCAAUAUAAUAUAUGCUCCACAGUCUUUGGCAAAAAAGGGUAAAGCUAAACCCAAAGUAAGUGUGAAACCAUCUGGGGUUAAAGCUGUUCCAUCUCCCCAGUGGCCCCAAAAACGCAAGGCCGUGGAGCUGCAUCCUGAUGAAGCUGCAGCUGUGAAGCCACUGAGCUCCAUCAGUGCCCUGCAGGUGAGCCCCGCCAAAAGAGCAGCUGUGGCUAUUGCUCCACCCUCUUCUGCCAACAAAUCAGUCCCUGUGCCUGACAAAGAAAAACCUGGAGACGGUUUUGUGCUGCCUCCAAGCCAGUCUUCUCCAGACCUGUGGUCCCUGGAAGUAUCUGGCCCUUCCUCAUCCCAAAUGGCCACAGAAACUUGCCAAGCCAGCUCUCCCUCCACAGGAGAACCCCCACUUCCCACAGACGAUGAUUUUGAGAAACUAGUACAGGAAAUUUUAGGAGACAACUUAGAAGCUGUGAUCGACUUGGAUCUUGAGAAAGAUGCAGACGAACUUCUGCUUGAACUCUCAGAACUGAUUGACAGCUUUUAAAGGCGGUAGUGAGAGCACUUAAAAAACUCACCACUUACACCUAGUUUCCGUUCCUGUCCCUUGUAAACCUGAGAAGAUUAUUUCUUUAUCCCUGAAUUUAUCCCAAGUCAGAAGUAUAAUUCUGAAUUAUCUACAUGGAUUUUUGGGGUUAGAUUUUUCAAGUCUCUUGCUAACCAUUUUGUCCAUUUGAUGCCAUCGUUAAGCAUCUUUGAGGAAAGAAAAAAUUCUGUACUAUCCUUCUUUCCAACAAAGAAAGAGACUGAGCCGGAGAUCUAGAAUGAAAAGAUGGAAAAAACUUACUGAUUCCUUGAGGUGUUUAAAUGAUUAAGAAUAGCUGCUGCUAUUGUGGUCUAAAUUUCAUGCUAUCACUGAAAAGAAAAGGCUCAACACAAUCUGAGCUGUCAUAUGUCUUUUUAAUGGUAUUUGGAGAUUUUAAGUAAGCUUUAAAAAGUGUUUCUUGAGAAACCCAAAAUAUGGACACAGUUCUUUGCACCUGAUUUUGAUGCUUUAGUUGCUUCAAAAAGCAGUGGGCAACUUAUUAUGGCUGAAGUACUUAAAAGGGUUUUCAAGUGCUUCAGAGGUCUCCUGAGCCUAAUAUUCUACUUCUUGGAUUCCCUGUAUUUGGAGAAUUCUUCCCUUCUUCAUUAUUUGCCUCCUAUUAACUAUCACUCAUUCAAGCUACAGUUAUUUACUGUGGACCACAGCAGUACACUGAAUUUUUCUGUAGCACAGAUUUUAAUAUAUUCUGGGGGUGUAUGGUAUACCUUCUUCUUCUUCUUUUCUUUUUUCCUUGAUGUGGGUCUCCAUAUCAUCUCAAGGUUUAGGCUUAUAAAGAAACCAGCACUAUGAGGAUAAAGGUUUGAAAGGAGAAAUUGUGCAACAUCAGGAGCAGGAAAGAAGAACUUUUGCAUUUUGACAUUUUGCUGUGGGUGGACACUGUGGUUCCUCCCAGGGAAACCGAGCCAUCUGUCAUGUUUGCUCCAGGGGAACCACUGUUUUAAGUAUCCAAUCAGGAGUGGAAUUUCAUGUAGCCUUGUUAGGAGCACAGUAAAGAAAAAAAAGGCCUAGGACUGCUCAUUCAGUGUUGGAAAGAUCUGGAUGAUUGUGUACAAGCAAAAAUACAAUUCAUGUAUAGGUGCACCUCUACCAUUCUUUCUUUGGAUGACUGUUAUAUAUAAUAGCUCCUUUUGAGGGUAGGGUGUGGAAUGUUCUGGUUUAACUACAGAUUUUAUAAACUUUUAAUUUUUAGAAUCAGCUUAUAGAUUGGCAGUAUCUUGUAUAUAUAACUUGCUUUUUCUAAAAGAAUAAUGUUUUAUAUGUAAAAUGCUUCUAUUAGUCAGUGAUUCAUAUUUAACAUUUUUUCAGCCAUUUGCUAUCAAGAGAAAUACUUAUUUGUGUUUCAGACAAAACUGGAGUAAGAAAGGAGAGAGAAAUGUGAUGGUUGUCAGUGCAUGUGACCAGGUAUUGGUUGGCUUUACCGUAGCAGGUACCACUGAAGCAGUAAAUUUCCCUGGUCUGAUAGUUGUGGAUACAUUAGUGGUCAUAAUAUAGUUGGUUACAUUAUAUUGAACACUUUAGAAUGACGAAGUUCCAGGAUUCAUUAUUAUAUGCUCCCCAUCAUUUGGGGGUAUGUAGAAAAUAAUACGGAAAUGUUAUAUCUUUGUUUAUUGACCAGGACCAUGAUGUGUAUUCCAGUCAGUCUUGUUAUUGCAUAGGCUAAAAGAAAAAUAAGGAAGAUUUUCCAUAAAGGCCGUUCACUGGAUGUAUUUUGUGUCAUCUAAAAGGAUGUAAAAAUGAUAGUAAUGGAAUCAAACAUUUUGAGAAAAAUGAGUCACUAUCAUUUCUUUGUAAUAUUUAUUGCAUAUUAUUUGUAUUUAACUGUUAUUUAUAUUAACUUGUAAUUUACUUUGUCAAAUAAAUAAGUGAAUUUAUUUUGUGUUAUCACUUCAUAAUAAAUACUAAGUUAAAUUUCUACAUUUCAUACCAGGAAAGGAUUGAUGUUAUGCAUUUCCAACCUUGGAGUAGAGAAACACAUUUUCAGCAGUCACCUUUCUUUUUCUUAUGUCUCUCUAAGUAAUGUUAAAGAAACUUGUUUAAAACCCAAAUCCCCAGAAAAGAUCAGAGCACAGAUAGUUUAUUGACUGCGUAUUGCAAAGAUGAAAUUUCCCAAAUUUAAGUUGAAAUUUAUUCCUUUAGAGCCUUCUAGUAACAAAAUUUCUUCAAAGGACAGGCCUCUUAGAAACUGUCCAUGAUGUGCAUUCUGAUUAGUAGCCUGAACUAACUGGCUACUUGAAGAUCAGGCUUUGGCUAAUCUCCAACUCAGAUUAGGCUUUGUCAGCAGGAAAUUUUUUACAUCUUAUAAAAUUUCACCUUCUGUAAGCUAUCAGCUAUUUUCACUUGAAAAUAUGUUUAUUUUCUUUGACUGUGUUCUCACCUGUAAAAGACUAGUAAUGAGAAUCUUGAUAUGAAAAUUAAUAUAGGUGAAAAUGUUUUGAAUCCACAAAGUGCUACAUAGGUGAAAAUUUGAAUAGAUGAUGGUAGGAUGACAUCGAGUCUGGAACCAUAAACAAGCUGGGGUUCAACUUAGCUUUGCCAUUUACAAUGUGGUCUUGGGAAAAUUACUAUAAUUUUUAAUAUGUCUUACGGGAUUGUCGUCGGCCUUAAAUAAAAUAGUAUGUAUAAUUCUUAUUUUACUGUCUAGGACUUAGUAAACAUUGAAAAGUGCUUAUGCUUAUUUCGAUAUUGAUCAUUAUUAUAAUAUUGCAAAAAUGUUAUUAUUUAAUGAUCGUGUAAUAUCAAAGCAGGAAAUUAAGAGUUUCGUGUCAAAAGUUCUUUGGUUUCUCUCAAAAAUGAGAUCUAGUGGGUUUCUCAGUUUGCCUCAUACAAUCCUGCCUCAGAUAUUAAUACAUUAAUGAUCUGUUAUCUCAAAUGCUUGGAACCAGAAAUAUUUCAGAUUUUGAUAUGUUUCAGAUUUUGGAAUAUUUGUAUGUGCACAAUGAAGUAUCUAGGGAUGAGGCUCAUAUCUAAAUAUGAAAUUCAUUUUUGUAUAUAUUACAUACAUCACCCGAAGAUGAUUUCAUACCAUUUUUCAUUGCACCUGGUUUUGUAACUCUGAGCUAUUACACAAGGACAAGUGUGGAGUUCCCCACGUGUGGUGUCAUACAGGUGCUCACAAAUUUUGGUUUUGGACCAUUUCUGAUAAAUGCAUUAAGAAUUACUAUCAGUUCAAAGGCUGCAGUUUAGUUAACCUCUGUAAAGAAUAGAAACAUUUUCUUUUUCCCUUUAAACUAUUUCCUUCCAAAUUGCUCAAGCCAGUAUUAAUGUGUUUUGAAUUAAAUUACAGAAUAAAUAAUAUUUUAAAAAUGGAUGGUUAUGUUUCUGAAAAUUAUACAUGUUUUAGAUUAGUAAUAUUAGAAACAAUUUUAAAACUGCAUGUAUUUGUAUAUUACCUAAAGAAAAGUAUAAGAUUUGAAAUUGAUUACUUGUAGUUGAAAAGUUAAUAAAAUUGUCAGAGAUUCAACAUGGCUGAAUAGAGAACCAUGUUAAUUUACUCAGAGAAAAUCAUCUAAAAACACAGUGGCUAGCUGGAACCUCUAGCAAUGACAAGGUUAGGAACUGCAGCAGCAGCAGGGAAAGUAGUAAUUGCUGUGAUUCCAGCAGCAUGAGAGGGACAGAUGCAGGACUUGAGCUGCCUUAAGCCACAGUGAACAGUGAAUGGGAAGUCACACCCCCCUGCCUGGCUCCCAGCAGUGGGAGACGUGAGGUACGAAUUGCACUGGAACACAGAAGAACAUGCAAGGACCAGGAGGGGUCAGCAGUGUACAGAAUAAAAAGCAGCUGCAUGCUGUCUCUGUCCGAGGACACUACAGCAACUGGGGAGUGACACAGAGACACACAGGGUAAGGAGAUGUGGGUAGGCUGCUGAGGGACAUACAAAGCUGCCAGAUGAAAACCAGCGCCUUCCCUGCAGGUAGAGGCCAAGAUCAGUCCUGCACCCAGCGCUAAUCCCAGUGCAGAUUUGGAGUUACAAAGCACAGAUUUGGGCUCUGGCUUGAACACUACAACACAAUUAAAGGCAUCAGGAAAAUUUCAUUGUUUUUGUUUUUCUUUUGCUGUUUUUAAUGGUUUUUGGGUUUAACUUUUAUUGUUCACUUUGUUCAUCUUUUUUUCCCUCUUUCCUUAUUUUCUUUCUUGAUAUUUUUUUUUGAAAGUUUACAAAAGUAUUUCAUUGGAGAGUCAUCUGAAGAAUAAUGAGUUGGGGGGAGGGGAAAUGAAGCAGAGAAGAAAAGAGCCAAUACAAGAACAUGAGUUGAUCCCUGCAAUGGGAGACAAGGUGCUCAGUGAGAAGUCAAGUGUCCUGCUUAUUUUUCUUUCAUUACUGAGACAAAAUACCCAACACUCAAAAUUAAGGAAGGAAAGGAUUAUUUAGCUCAUGGUUUGUGCAAGUUUCAGUCCAUAAUCAGCUGAUUCCAGGGUGGCAUGGCACAAGGGCAACACUUCAAGUUCCAGAAGACAGCAAAAGCAGCAAGAAAAAAAGUGGGGGAAGAACAAGCCUCUUUUCUCUCCAUAUAUAUAUAUAUAUAUAUAUAUAUAUAUAUAUAUAUAUAUUUUUUUUUUUUAAUUUAAGGAGAAAAAGAAAAAAAAUAGGAUAAAGUUAUACAGAAUUUCAGAAAACAUAAACAGUAGGAAAUCACUAGUUAAUAGAUUACAUAUUGUUAUCUUAGAAAUAGUUGUUCAAGUUACAAAAUUAAAGCAUAUAAAGUGGAUUUUAAAACAGUGAGACUACAAACAGUUUUGUUCAAUGAUCCAACAAAACUCAGUAAUAUGGUUAUCUACCUUAUACACUUAAAUAUAUAUGCAGUUAUAUUAUUUAGAGCACUUUCUUUUCUUUUGUACAAUGACAAUUACAGAUUUUGGGUUUUAUUAUUCCCACACUUCUUAUUACUUUUUAUUGAAGACAGUAAAACCAAAUGUGCCAUAACAGAACAGAGUCAGUCAAAUCAAAAGGAUGGACAUAAUAGAUAAUGUAAAAACAAAAUACUAGGUGAUCACCAAUGGUUACCAUACUGCCUCUUGCUAUCUUAAAAAGAAUUGCCUACAUUAUCAGUUAUAAUAAAAUUGAACAAAACAAUAAAGAAUAAAACCAAAACAUUGGAGACAUUACAGGACUUUAAAAGAAGACAAUAGUCAACCAGAACGGGCGUCAUAAUGAAUCUUACUGUCUUCACAGUUUUGCCUAUACUUUCAAACUUGGUACUAUCAAGCAAAGCAGAAUAGAGAAAAAUCAGGCAAAGCAAGAUGGUGAGGGCUAUACAGGGUUUCAAAUCAAGUUAAUAGGAAAUCAAAGUGGGUUACUAUAAUGUAUCCUGCUUUUAAAAUUUUUCCCAUAAUUAAAAGAUAAAAAUAAAAAAAUAAUUUUAAAAAAAGGAGAUUGAGAUAAAAGAGGGAAUAACAACAAACCAGUGCAGGUCAAAGCAUAACCAUUUAAGCAAAAUAGUGUUUCACCACAAGAUAUCCUGACAUAAAAGUAGUUACCAUAGUGUCUCUUUCCUUGAAAUCUUUGAGUAUAAGUUUGUAUACUGUAGCACCAAACAUAUCAAGACAAUGUAAAACCAUUCAAGAGAAUGACAGUAUUACAGGGUAUUUAGAACCAACUAUCAGAAAAUAAACAAUGGUUUCUGUAUAAUCUCCUUGUCUAUAAAAGUUUUUGCUUAUAUUAUCACAGAUAGUAAAAUCCAAUAAGAUACAACCUGUUAAGACCAAUGGAGACAGAAGAAUAAAAGCUUGAUGGGACUUCAAAGCAAGAUGAUACUAAAUCAGCACUAGAUAUUAUGAUGUCUUGUUUUCUCCAAAAUAGCUGUUCCUACCAUCCAAUCUUCUCUGCCUCAUUUCUGUUGAGCUCUUUUUUGGUCGGUCAUUGUCAGUUUGUCUUCAUUUCUCUUUCUGCUCCAUUCAUUGUGGCCUCUCUGCCACUGUUUCUGGGAUCUUGGUGUUUUCCUUUUUUAGAAUAUCCUGAAGUAUUCUCUGUAGAGUUGAAUUGGUGGUUACAAAUUCCCCUAGUUCCUCUUUAUCCUGAAAGCACCUUGUUUUUCCAUCAAUUUCUAGGGACAGUUGUGCAGGAUAUAUCAGUCUUGGCUGGAGGGUGUUAUCUUUCAAAGCUUGAAUUAUUUCCCCCCAGGCUCUUGGUGAUUUGAUGGUUUGUGCCGAAAAGUCUGCUGUAAUUCUGAUAGGUGUUCCCUUGUAAGUGAUCUGUUUCUUGUCUCUGAUGGCUUUUAGUAUUUUGUUCUUAUAUUGGAUUUCUGAAAUUUUGGAUAUUAUAUGCCUGGGUGUAGCUCUGUUUGGGUUGUAGGUGGCUGGGGUCCUGUAUGCCUCAUACAUCUGAGUAUCUUUACCUUUUGCUAAAUUAGGGAAAUUUUCUUGGAUUAUUUCUGUGAAUAGCUUUUGUAGUCCAUUUGUUUGUGUCCCUACUUCUUCUUUUAUGUUCUUAAUUCUUAAGUUAUAGAUCCUCUUAUCAUCUUCUGGCCUUUGUAUUAUUGCUGUUUGUUUUCUUGUUAUUUUUAAGAAAUUUUUCAUUUCAUGCUCCCAUAUUACAAAUCUGCCCUCCAAUUCAGAUAAUCUCUCCUUAGUUUCUUUCAAGCUGUUAUGCCAGCUUUUGAUAGAGUUUUUAGUUGCUUGGUAAUCUCUUUGAACCUGCUUCAUAUAUUCUAUAUUUUCUCCAUCAAACAAUUCUCCCCUUUUUUUCUGUUCUUCCAUUCCACCAUCUGUUUUUUCUUGGGCGGUGCUUAGCAUUUUCUCUAACUAUUCUACUUAUAUCUUGCUUUAUUUCAUUAAAUACUUCAUUUUUAAACUCGUCUAUGAGGCUCUGGAUAUAUCACUUUAUGUCUAUUGGUGCCGUGUGUGAUAUUGCAUGUUUUCUGUCUUCCUUUGCAUUUCCCUUUCCUGAAUCAGUGUUCUCAGGAUUGGGGACUGAGAACCCUUUCUUGUUGCUUCCUCUUCCCAUACUUUUUGUUCCUUCCAUACAAGCGAAUGUAGGAGGCCCAGUUUUUUUCUCUUUGCCGGUUAGUUUGUUUCCAUCCACUGCAGUGUACUAGGGAGACACAGACCUCCACAGCCUCUGCUGGGCCCACCCCUCCAGGUCAACCUAUCAAAGGCUUCACCACUCGGGUGCACCUCCAGGUGCUGGGACUUGGUUUGGGCUAGCCCACUGCAUCUUAGUCAGCCGGUCCCGCAGGCCAGGCACUUCCCACCAAUCCCGCUUGAGAGAGGAAUAUGCAGCUAAUGUCACUGCAGCGUCCUGUUCCAGCAAGUCUGCCUGGUCCCAGUAUGUCUUUGCUGGAGCCUCCUACUCUAUGAAAGGGUCCACGUUCCGCUCACUCAACGCAAGUCGAUGUAGGGCUCCCUGAUAGUCCCGCUCUCAACUCCGUUCGCAGAUUCCCACUCUCAGAGGUUUCAUGUGUCUCUCUCCCUGCCCUGCAGAUUUGGAUGCAGCAACACAGCAGGAAAUUCAAACUGUGGCUUCCAGUGGUGCGGGUUCUAGCUUCCCACAAUGAGAUUUUAUCUGUUCCUGUUAUAGCACCAGGAUUGGAUUUCCAGUUCGUUUCUCUUAGCUUAGUUCAUUCCUGGGUUGGCAGGGUAUAUCUCCCCUUGCUUAGGACUUCUCAUACCACACCAUUCCUGGAUUUUAAGCAGGAUAUCUCAGAGAGCUGCCAUAGCUGCUGCUAUCUAUCUGCCAUGUUCUCCCCUUUCUUGAUAUUUUGAUAUUUUUUUUUUUAAUUUUAUUUAAGGAGAAAAGAAAAAAAAAGGAGAGAAAGGGUACAAGUUAUACAGAUUUGCAGAAAAACAAAUGAACAGUAGGAAAUUACUAGUUAAUGGAUUACAUAUUGUCAUCUUAGAAAUAAUUGUUCAAGUCACAAAAUUAAAGCUUGUAAAGUGGACAUUCCAUCAAUGAUACUGCAAACAGUUCUGUUCAAUGAUCCAAUAAAACUCUGUGAUACGAUAUUCUAUCUUAUACACUUAAGUAUACAUGCAGUUAUAUAGUUUAGAGCACUUUCUUUUCCUCUCUUUUGUACAAUGACUAUUACACAUUUUGGGUUUCAUUGCUCUCACGGUUCUUAUUACUUUUUUUGGAAGAGAGUAAAACCAAAUGUGACAUAACAGAACAGAAUCAGUCAAGUCAAAAGGGUGGACAUAAGAGAUAAUGUGAAAACAUAAUACAAGGUGAUCAACAGUGGUUACUAUAAUGCCUCCCUCUAUCUCUAAUAGAAUUGUCUAUACCAUUAGUUAUAAUACAAUUGAACAAAACAGUAAAGGACAAAACCAAACCAUUGGAGACAUUGUAGGUCUUCAAAAGUAGAUAAAAGUCAACGAGAAUGGGCGUUAUAAUGAAUCUCAUUAUCUUCACAGCAGGUUUGAAAAUUUAGGCAUCAGCUGUGAAGAUAUUUUGAUAUUUUCAUGUGAGUAAAUAUUGUCUCUACUGUCUCUGGUUAUUCAAUAUUAUUUUUGCUUUCUCUUUCAUUGUUUCUCUGUGUCCUCUUCUCCAGUUUCCCAAAGCUUGUGUGAUCAUCCUUUGUCUUUAAGCCUGCCUCUGCUGUCUUUAAUUAGCUCUAUCUUUUCCCUGAUAUCUUUUAAGCUCUCUUACCCCCUACUCCCACACAUACUUAUUGUAAUUUCACUCUACUAAGGGGUAAUUCAUACCAUACAAGCUCCUAGUUUUUGUUGAAUUUUUUAUUAUAUAAUUGUAGGUUGUGCUUCUAUGGCUAAAGGUACCAAAUUAAUAGCUACCACAGUUUAACAGUUUCUAGGCUGUGCUUGAUGCUAUUGUUAUUGCUAAUUGUAGUACAUUAGCCAGAGUGUCAUACUUGUCAUAAUCUGUUGUUGUCUUUGGAUGACAACACUCUGACUGUCUAGGGUCAUAAUAAUCACCAUGGUCUAGUACCAAAGGACUGGGUACUGAGCUAAAUAGCAAUUUCUCUUCUCUAAAAAACUGGGAAGAUAGGAUCUUCAGACAGACAAAAGGUCUUAAGAGCCAGCUACACCCAAAAGAUAUAUCUAAGGAAUAAACAUUUCCUACAGAAGCCUCAAUACUAGUACUAAAGCUGCCUAUCAUAAGCAAUUUACAAAUAUCAAUACAGGAAAAUUAAAUUAUAAAAAAUAGAAAAUGGCAGGACACAGAAACAAAACUCUUCCAGUCUACCCAGGACAAGUCCAGAAGAGAAGAAGAUAGAAGAAUUUCAAAUUUACCCCAAAAUAGAAGAAAUAAAAAUCUACCCACCUGAAUUUUCUGAAAUAGUAAUAACAGAGUACAAAAACAGAUGGGUGAAGCUGUAGAAAAAUUCAGAUCAGAAAUAAUGUCUUAGAUAAAAAAGUAAAACAGAGAGAUGAUGAUCCAAAUGAAGGACUUGCUUGUGGUUCUAGAGUAGACACAGAUAAAAUAAAUUGAGAGGCCUAGGAAAAUGAUGGAAACCAUGAAUUCCCGACAUAUAAAGGAAAUGGAAUCCAUGAAAAAAAUUAAAAUAUAUUCAAGAGAUUAAAAAUUCCAUUGAAAUUAUAUACAACUGAUUGAAACAAGGUAAGAAUUGAACAUCAGAUCUAGAGACAGAAGUAUUGUUAGCCAUCAUGAAAAUAAAAAUUUAAAAGUAUCGAAGGACCAUGGAAAAUCAAUCCAUGAGUUGCAAGAUGAUCAAAGAAUAACAACGAAAAGAUAUGCUGCAAUUAGUGACAAAUCAGGAGAUUGUGAAAACAGCAUAAAAACUCAUUCACAGAAGUAAUGGCAGAAAAAUUCCCAAGCAUGGAAAAAUAAUUUGACAUUCAAAUAAGUGAGGCAUAUAGAACUUCAAUAUCCAUCACAAAAAUAAGUAUAUAUUAAGACAUAUGAUAAGAUUCCAGAAAUUCAGCACAAGAACAGAAUAUUAAAAACUGUUAGAGAAAAAGACAAUAAUCACCUAUAAAGGAAAUCCCAUCAGAAUCACAGCAGACUUCGCAACACAAAAUCUUAAAUCAAGAAGAGCUUGAAGUUCAGUAUGUCAAGUCCUGAGAGAAAAUAUCCUCUAACCUAGACUGAUGUACCCUGAAAAACUGUCUUUCAGAAUCAAUGGAGAAAUAAGACACUUCCAUGAUACAGAACAGCAGAAGAAAUUCAUGACCAGAAAGCUGGCUGUGCAAAAGGUUCUAAAGAAUAUUUUAGAAAGAGAUAAUGGAACCCAUAAUUCCAAGAAGAUCAAUUUAAAAAACCACCAGGCAAGGCAAGUAAUUAGACAGAGUGGAAAGACAAGGAAUGAACAACAGGAAAAUAAUGUGACAAGGAUAAUGCAGUAUAGACCAGUUAUAAUAAUCAAUGUAAAUCAUCCAAAUAAACUAAUCAAAAGAGACUGGGAGAAUGGAUCAAGAAACAAGAUCCAACAAAGUGCUGCAGGGAAGAAACACAUUUAACUCAAAAAUAACUUUAUAGAUUAAAGAUCACAAGAUGGAAAACAUACUCCAUGUGAUAAGAACCUGAAAAAAAGCAGGGAUAACUAUUCUAUUUGCAGACAAAGUAAAAUUCAAGCCAACAGUGAUCAUAAGAGACAAAGAAGGUCCGUACAUACUUAUUAAGUGAAAAUUCCAAGAGAAAUACAUAUCAAACACAUGUAUAUGCAUUGAAAACAACAAUAUAAAAUAAGUAUUAAUGGACAUGAAAAAUCAAAUAAGCACCAGUACAACUAUAAUGGGAGACCUUAAUACCCCACUGUCAGAAGUAGAUCAACUAGACAAAAAAUAUCAGCAAAAAAAUCAUAAUGGAACUAAACUUUUAUACUAGUUUUCUGUUUGUAUUGUAUGUGAAGAUAUAGACAACUAUUUGGAAGAAAACAAGAGAAAUUAUGGCAGUCACUGUUGAUUUCCUGUUGUCUUGUUUGUUUUGUGUUGUUUGUAUUGUACUGUUCUAAUUUGCUUUGUUCUGUUUGUUUUAUUUUAUUAAAAAAAUUUAAAUUGGGUUUAGUAGAUGUCUUUCACCCCCCAAUAUCAGAAUCCAUAUUCUUUUCAGCUACACAUGGGAUAUUGUCCAAUGAAGACCAUGUACUAGUUCAUAGAACAUUCUUUAGUAAAUACAAAGGAAUGAAGUUGGAAAUCAGUAGCAAAAGAAAACACAAAAACUUCAUAAACACAUAGAUUUUAAAUAACAACUUCCUCUACAAUCAAUUGGCCACAGAUAAAAUUAAAGAAGGAAGUAAACAGUUUCAACACACCAUAAAUUAUGAGAUGCAAUAAAAGCAGUUCUAUGAUGGAAAUUUAUAGUGGUUAAUUCUCACAUCAUGAAAACAGAGAAAGUUCAAAUAAACAACCUAAUGUUGAACCUCAAAGUUCUAGAAAAAACAGAACAAGUUGAGCCUAAAACUCAUACAAGGGAGGAAAUUAUAAAGAUCAGAGCAGAAAUUAUUGCACUUAAAAAAUGCAAAAACAUCAGUUAAUCAAAUAAUUAUUUCUUUGAAAUAAACCCUUAGCUAACUUAAUCAAAAAAUCAAAAACAAGUUUCAAAUCAAUGCAAUUAAGAAUGAAGUGAGUGAAAUCACAAAAGAUCUUGCAAAGAGAGAGAGAAA